CGUUGCCAUAUUGCCUAGCUAGGACCACCGUUAGCGUCGUUAUCGUUUGUAUUCACACUCAAAAAGAUACAUUCUGAGUUUUGUUUAGAGAAUUUGAAAAGUUGUUUCGCUGAUUGUAAGCAUUUUGCUACAAUUUUAGUUGUCUCUAGCAUCGCCGCCACUGUGCAGGAGUGAUGCCGGAAUGAUAGAAGACUUACGUUUAGGUGCUCGAUACCCCAACUUCAAGGCUUUGGAGGCUGCUAUCGAAAAAUUUUCUAAAGAAACAAACUCUGUUUACAUAGUCAACCAUAGCAGGACUGUUGAAAUUGAAAACAAAAACCGUCCUAUUAGCAAACAGCUUCCCAGAUGUUUAAAAUACAAGAACAUAAGGUUCGCCUGUAAACAUUAUGGUAAGACUCGCAGCAACAGUAGAGGCCUCCGUCCAAAUCAAAGUUCCUUCAAGAUAGGCUGUCCAUCAUAUAUAUACGUAGCUGCUAAUACAAAGGAAUUGGUUGUAGAAAAACUUGUUACAACACACAGCCAUUCUUGUGAUCCAGAGCUUGUUUUGUUGUAUCCUGAGCGACGCAGUCUUGCAAAUGCCAGAUGUGAUGCUGAUAAUGAUCAGGGCAUUCAGGGUGGUGGUAACAAUUUAAAAACUGUCCGUGAAGAUGUUCUUGAUCUGUUGUCGCUUGGAGUUGAGAGGCGGCGCGUGCUAAACUAUGUGUGGCUGAGCACGGGGCGUCGUAUGUUCUCAGGGGAUUUGGCAAAUCUUGCUAAAGAUUUAAAAGACAACCCUCGGGACGUAUCAUCUGAAAGAGCGGAUGUGUUGCUUGCUCAGUUCAAAACAAUGGAGAGUAAGCAGAAGGGAAAUGCAAUCAAGCCCCUCAACAAGCUGGGAGCUCUCAAGGCAGUAAAACGAAAGGUUCCAUUUGCAUCAGAGACCAUUAUAAAAACUGAAGUCAUUAGUAAUGAUGAUUCAUCAGAACAGUGUUACUCUGUCAUUGAAACAGAACAGGAGGAGCAGACGUUUGAUAACACCAUGUAUAUAUCAGAUCCUAUGCAAUUGGUUUCACAGAACAAUAUUAGUGCUGAAGACAUUCAAUAUCAGUAUGAAAAUCAAGAGGGUGAAAUUGUGGAACAUGAUGGCAAUGCAACAGCUUGGAGUGAGAAUAGUAGUUUGGCUGAUGUUGUGAAAUCAAUCCUGGGACCAAAUCAGGAAGGCCCAGUGAUUCUUCAUGUCAAUAAUUAUGAUGGAGUGGCAGUUGUUCAAGUUGCUGAUCCUCAGACUUACACAACAUCAGAUGGUCAGGUUCUGGAAAGUUUUCCUGAAAACUCUCAAGCAGUUGAAGCGUCCGACACAAAUGAAGAACCACAACCUAUUACAAGACUGAUUGUAAAGAAAACUGUGACACCCAAGAAACCAGUGGUUGUCACUGCACUGUCAGAAGCCUCAAAGAAAACAACAACCAACAUUCUUAAGUCUGCACAGUUGAAAAAACCAACCAGCCCAGUAGCACAGCAGAAAUCUCAAUUGAAUCAGGAAAUAAAUGAUGACAAAUUUUCUGAUGAUGGUAAUAACUAUAGCUUGCCAGAUGAUUUGAGUGACUCUCAGAGUGACCACCGAUCUGUUUUGGAGGAGGAAAGAACUAUGUACAGAGUAAAAACUAAAAAAAUUAGGUUACAAAUUGACAAUUUAAAAAACUGCAUUGAAAGACAAGAUCUAGAAAAGAAAAAAUUGCAAUUGGAAAUCAAACUUCUCAAAAUGCAGGUUGAUGAAAAAGAGUCUCAAGUAAAGCAAAAACAAAUAAAGAAAUGAUAAAAAAAAUAAAUAUCCCAUACUUAAAUUGUUCUAUGCAGCACUCAUUGACUAUCGUGACUUUGCGCAAUGUUAAUAUUUUAAUUGAAUUUUGAAUGUGCAAUGAUGAAUUAAUACAUUUUUUCAACAGUGA